UGUCCCCUCGUACAUGGUCCUUCUACCAAACACCAUAACAUUGACCUUGCAUCUUCAUCUUCUUCCUUUUCUUCAAUGUAUCCAAUACAUUCAAUAUAUACUGUGUACACAGCCUCUACCAUCAUAAUACGAAGUAUAUCAAUCUCUCGAUAAUAAACCCAGUACAUUCUGGUAGGUAUCCACAGUCCACAUGGCUAAGCAAGUUGAUUGGUGGCGAGGGCUAUGGACGGGCCAUCGGCUUCAAUUAUUCCUACUGAAGAAGGAUUCUCAAUAUCUUAUUUCCGAUUCUAUACCAGUAGCACUGUUAGCUUCGCGGGGAGGUAAGAAAAAGCAUUUCGUGACUAAAACUUUUGCGCCCUUCACAAUCAUAUUGAUGCGCCGGUCCGGUAAGUGGGAAGGUCAUUGCCUUCCUCAAAUACAGAGGUUCCUUAGCAUUUCCUUUGGAAUCUAUCUUCACGGAUAUGUAUCUUUAAUCUGUACUUGUUUCCGUUCUUCGUGUAUAUCUUAUCUAUGCUCUUUUCGAUUGAUUUAUUUCCUUCUGUAUCUAUCUUCAAGGAUACACCUUUCUGUAUGAGAUGAGUGCCAUCAACAAUGAGCGGUCAGGACGAGAUGACAACAACGAAAUAAACAAUGCGAAUAUGGUGGAGAAUGUGGACAAAGUCAUAAGGGGCCCAUCGGAUAAUAAUCUUCUGGCGGAAGAUCGAAAGCAUCACACCGAUGACCUAGAAAGAAUUGAGGAUUCGAGCCCCGUGGAUGUACCUCCUGAUGGCGGAUAUGGCUGGGUUUGUGUCGCAAGCGUAUUCUUGAUCAACGGGCAUACUUGGGGGGUCAAUAGUUCUUAUGGUAUUUUCCUUGCUCACUACCUUGCGAGUGAUACUUUUCCUGGUGCAACUUCCCUUGAAUAUGCGUUUGUUGGCGGUUUAUCGAUCUCUUUAGCCCUCAUCACCGCACCGGUAGCCACGAGUUGUACGCGCAAAUUCGGAACAAAAGUCACUCUAGCCAUCGGUAUUGUCCUCGAGACAGCGGGGCUUCUUGGGGCUUCUUUCGCAUAUGAGAUAUGGCAUCUAUUCCUAUCACAAGGUGUCGCUUUUGGGUUCGGUAUGGGCUUCCUCUUCGUAGGUAGCGUUGGAGUAGUCCCACAAUGGUUCUCGAAACGUCGAUCUUUAGCCAAUGGCAUUUCAGCAGCUGGAAGUGGGCUGGGAGGUUUGAUAUAUUCCUUGGCGACAAAUGCAAUGAUUCAAUCCAUUGGGCUCGGUUGGGCUUUCCGAGUAUUGGCUAUUUUGGCUUUUGCAGUCAACACCGUAUGUACAAUUCUGGUCAGGGAUCGAAACCAUGCGAUUGGAUCUGUCCAGAAAGCUUUUGACAUACAAUUGUUCAAGAAGCCCGAAUUCUUUCUUUUACUUGGAUGGGGAUUCUUCAGUAUGCUCGCAUAUAUCGUUCUUCUCUUCUCCUUACCUAAUUACGCGAGGAGUAUCGGCCUUUCAGCCAAGCAAGGUUCGGUCAUUGGUGCUAUUUUAAAUCUUGGUCAAGGUCUCGGCCGGCCAUUUGUAGGAGCAUUUUCAGAUGCAACUGGGCGAAUCAAUAUGGCGGGCACUUGCACCUUCCUAGCAGGGCUAUUCUGUCUCGUUAUUUGGAUUUUCGCUAAAUCAUACGGAGUUCUCAUAUUUUUUGCUCUUAUUGUCGGAACUGUAUCAGGCACUUUUUGGGCUACAGUCGCCCCGGUGGGUGCAGAGGUAGUCGGUCUCAAAGUCCUUCCUUCGGCUCUAUCUAUUAUCUGGUUAGUGCUCGUGAUACCUUGCACUUUUUCUGAGCCAAUUGGACUAAAAUUGAGAGCCCCAUCUGGGGAUAUAUACCUACAUGCACAGAUCUAUACAGGAUGUAUGUAUAUAGGAGCUGCACUGUGUAUGUGGGGCCUGAGGGCUUGGAAAAUCAAGGAAUUGGAGAGCUUAAGAGAUGGUGAAAGGGAGAAAGAAAUAAGGGAUGAGGAUGAGGCAAGGAGGGAAAGAGAAAGGGAACAAGGCGAAGAGAAAGAUGUUGAAGAGGGUGCCAAUGUUCCGAUGAGAAGGCAGAUGACAAGAACACAGAGUGUGAAGCGAGCCACCAAGGGGCUUUGGGUUUUACAGAGAGUCUAGAAAGAUGCUAUGACACCCCGGUAUAUUCCAAAUAAAUGUCAGGAGGCAUACGUAUACAUAUAUAUAUACACACAUAUACUUAUAAUCAAUUUCAACAUUAGUUCGGAU